GUUACCACGGUACCGUAUACACCGCGUUCUAUGAUUGCUCAGACUAAGUUGGAUGCUUCAGAAUCAGUGAAGGUAGUUGUGAGAUGUAGACCACUAAAUGAAAAAGAGGCUUCGGAUGGUCACAAAAAGUGUGUAUUUGUCGAUUGUUCGAAUGGGACUAUUGAAGUUCGUAAUCCAAUUGCAAAACUGAAUGAUGAUCCAAAAAGAUUCAGUUUUGACGCUGUUUACGAUGAAAGUUCGAAACAAAGAGAUUUAUACGAUGAAACUUUUCGGGACCUAAUUAACAGUGUUCUAGAUGGCUUCAACGGAACCAUAUUUGCUUACGGACAAACCGGAACCGGAAAAACCUUCACUAUUCAGGGCCUUCAGGAUGACCCAGAAUUACGAGGUGUAAUGCCAAACUCAUUCGUUCAUAUAUUUGACCAUAUAUCGAAGUCUAUGGAUGCUCAGUAUCUUGUACGAGCGAGUUACUUGGAAAUUUACAAAGAAGAGAUUCGCGAUUUGCUUCGCAGAGACCAGUCAAAGCACUUAGAAAUCAGAGAAAAACCAGACAGUGGAAUAUUUGUAAAGGACUUGUCCUCUGUUCUUACCAAAAGCAUAGAUGAAAUCCAGAAGGUUAUGAAGAUUGGAUAUCAAAAUCGUGCAGUCGGAGCCACUAAUAUGAAUGAACACAGUUCGCGAUCACACGCUAUUUUUAUUGUAACUGUUGAAAGUUGCAAGACUGGGGCAGAUGGAGAAAAACAUAUACGAGUUGGCAAGUUAAACCUCGUCGAUUUGGCAGGUAGUGAACGCCAGUCCAAAACACUAUCAGAAGGAGAACGCUUGAAAGAAGCCACUAAAAUCAAUUUAAGUCUUUCCACUUUGGGAAACGUGAUAUCUGCACUGGUGGAUGGCAAAAGUACACACAUACCCUAUCGGGACUCAAAACUCACUCGUUUACUCCAAGAUUCUUUGGGGGGUAAUUCAAAAACUAUCAUGAUUGCAAAUAUUGGGCCGGCGACCUACAAUUAUGAAGAGACCAUAAAUACACUAAGAUACGCUAACCGUGCUAAAAAUAUUAGGAACAAACCAAAAAUAAAUGAAGAUCCAAAAGAUGCCUUGCUGAGAGAAUACCAAGAAGAAAUCAAUAGGCUAAAAUCACUACUGAGAAACUGUGUCGCUGCCAUUCCAAAACAGUCUCAAAAAAAGAACGGAAAGCAGAGAUCUCAACAAAAACAUUUAUUGUCGAAUGGCUCUGAAGCUAACAGCGAUAGAGAAGAUGAUGCAACAAGCAUAGAAAACUAUAUGAAGGAACAGCAAACAAAACUAUUGGCUGAAAAGGAUGAAGUCUUAAACGACAAUUCACUUGUUGCAGAAGAAAAAUCUCGUAUGUUGAAUGACCUUAAGAUAAAAGAAAUAAAACUUCAGGAAGAACAAACAAAAACGCAACAGUUAGAGUCUAAAUUAAGAGCUAUGGAAAGUAAAUUACUUCGAGGUGAUCAAUCAAUCGUUGAACACACUCGCAUGCAAGAAGUAACUUUAGCUCAACAACGGACACAAAUGGCUGAGCAAAAGCGUCGUGAGCGUGAAAUAGUAGCUCGUAUGGAAGAAGAAGAAGGAAGUAUGGCUAAUUUACAAGAAGGUUUCACAUCAUUAAAACAAGAAGUAGAAGUAAACACUAGAAAGUUAAAAAAAUUAUUUGAAAAAUUACAAGAAAUUAAACAGCAAACAUCUGAUAUACAAGAAGAACAUACUGUAGAACGUCAAGAACAUGAAAAAAUUCAAGAUCAACUAACACGUCAAAUUAAAUUGCAGUUGUUAAUUCUAGAAAACUUUAUACCAAUAGAAGAAAAAGAGAAAUUAGAAAAACGAAUUUAUUUUAAUGAAGAAACUGAAAGAUGGCAACUGAAACCACUUUUUCAGUCUAGUGAUGAUGGUACAAACUUAAAUAUUCCAUCCUGGUAAGCAAUCAUUUCUUUAUAUUAGUGGUUUAUAAUUUGAUAGCUGCAUGUAAUCUCGUGUAAACCAUCCAUUAGUGCUUUUAUCAUACAACAACACGUAUUUAUAGCUUACAGUCAUGAAAUUUAAGCCUAUUUUUUCAAUGUUUUACUUAGUAAAAUAGACAGAUUAUUAAAAAUUGGACACUCUGGAUUUUAUUAAAUGAUAACUGAUAAUAUCAUGAGAUUUGAGAUGAAAGACAUAGUGCUGUAUCAAAUACCCUAUAAUCUAUGGUCUGUCGGAAAAUACUUUAAGAUCUAGGUUUUAACCAGUGAGAUUACUUUAUUGGAUGUUACAAGUAAAAAUAUUGCCCUAUUUGUAUCGUGUCAACCAAAAAUAACUCUUCAGUGUUUGGUAAACUGUUUAAAAUCGGUAAGAGUCACUUAUGGACUUUUUAUUUAUCUCCUCAGUUUAAUUAUAUUGUUUUGAAGAUUUACAGAUGCAUUAGUCUCAGAACUACUUCUAGUUCACUCUAUGCUUUCUAGUCACACGGUAAUUGAUUUAUCAAUUUUGUAAUAACGUGAUUCGUGAGAUGGUCAACAAGUUUUUCGAUACAAAUAUUAUUGAGCCAAGCCAACAAGCUUUGACCACAGGAGUUCCAAAAUUUGGAGUUUGACUAGAUCGUUAACUUUUACAUCUUCAGUUAAAUGUAUUAGUACAUUUUUAAUCUAUGUUUCGCGAAUCGGUCAGAUUAAAAGGUAGAGUAUCACUCUGUACCCAUACAUAUGAAUGUUUAAAAAAAUUCUAUCUAUAGCUACCUAUUAUAUUGAACGAUUCAUCAUCAUUGAAAACGUCUUACUGAUUACUCACUCAAGGUUAACUAUUAGUACAUCUUAUUUCAGUCAGUCGGAUUGGGUAAUACCACCUCUACGGUUCUUGUUAUACAUAGAUUCGAAGAUCGCAGCGUGAUGCUACAAUGUUAAUAAUGAUCUAGUAAAAAAUUUUGAAAAUAACUCACUUCGUUUAGUUUGUCUCUAUCGGUAAUGAAAGAUUUACCCUCUGGUACUAAACACCGUAG